AUUCACGCUAUCCUGGAAAAUCGGUGUCCGAUUAAAAUCGCACACAGAAGACCAAUCUCUCUCUAUUCUCCCGAAUUGAAAACCCUAAUUCGUUCUUUUCUCUACAUUUUUGUUCUUGCGAGCGUCGAGCAUAACGAAAUCGAAGCACCAUGGUUUUCUAUUUCAAAGCUCGGCCCGACGUCGGCGAUUACACCAUUUUCAUGGGGCUCGAUAAGCACGAGAACGAGGAGCUCAUCAAAUACGGCUUCCCCGAGGAUAUCUGGUUUCACGUGGACAAGAUGUCGUCUGCCCAUGUUUAUGUGAGACUGCGAAGAGGGCAGACCAUUGAUGAUAUAAGUGAAGGGUUGCUGGAGGAUUGUGUUCAGCUUGUCAAAGCAAAUUCUAUUCAAGGAAACAAGGUAAACAACAUUGAUGUCGUGUAUACGCCUUGGGCUAAUUUGAAAAAAACUGCUUCCAUGGAUGUUGGCCAAGUUGGUUUUCAUAACCCCAAGAUGGUCCGAACCGUAAGGGUGGAAAAACGGAUCAAUGACAUUGUCAAUAGAUUGAACAGGACUAAAGUGGAAAGGAAGCCUGAUUUGAAAGCUGAACGCGAAGCUGUGAAUGCAGCUGAAAGAGCAGAGAGGAAGCAACACCUGAGAGAAAAGAAACGCCGCGAGGAAAUGGACAGGUUAGAAAAAGAGAGGCAAGCUGAGCUAAGGAGCUACAGUGGUUUGAUGGUCUCUGAGAAGAUGACAUCUAACAAACAAAUUGCAGCGGCAAACAAAUCGCUACAAGAGCUGGAGGACGAUUUCAUGUGAUCGAAUUGAUCAGUACAAAUGCUGCAAAAAAAAUAGCAGCAGCUAAACUUACUCUUCUUAGAGGUCAUUUGCCCAUUCAGUUUAUGGUUCUGUCCUCUCACAGGUGAUCAAAUCGUCUUUAGCCUCGAUGAUAUUCAACUUGGCGUCUACUUGAUGACUAUACAAAUAGAAAAUCGAGAGCGGAAAAAUGGUCUUCUUUAAGUUGUAAUUACUGUCACACUCUUGUUUAACGAGACGAUAAGUUGGCUCGUUUUGGCGUACUUUUGCUUUUCAAAUAUACUGUAAGAAAAAGGAAAGCUACUGCGUUUUGGGUAUGGAUCUUCUUUUCUGGUUUUAUAAUGAGUGAUUCAUUAUCUUUCUGGGUC